CUUACCACGAGCCCUUUGAGUUCUUCUCGCAUUCUGUUAUUGUUUCUAUUUAGUGCUUACCACCAUGAUAUGGUCCAAGAAGAAGCAGGGCGGCCAGCCCUACUUUGGUCUCUCGGGAACGUGGCUCACCGUCUGGAUUACAAUUGCCUGUGCAACGGACAUGACUCUCUUCGGAUACGAUCAGGGAGUCUUCAGCGGCGUGGUCGUCACCCAGAACUUCCUCGAGGUCCACGACUUAGUCGGAUCGUCGAAGACGACUACCCUCUCAACCGUGACCGCGAUCUACGAUGUCGGCUGUUUCUUUGGUGCUCUCGUUGCUUUUGGAAUCGGCGAACGACUUGGUCGGAAGAAGGCCAUUCUCUGGGGCACCGCCAUCAUGUCUGUCGGAACCAUCCUGCAAGCCUCCUCUUACAGCCUUCCGCAGAUAUUUAUCGGAAGGGUGAUUCUGGGAGUCGGCAAUGGCAUCAACACGGCCACAGCCCCCGUGUGGCAAACCGAGACAUCCCAGCCCCAAUGGCGAGGAAGACUGGUGCUGUUGGAGAUGGUGAUGAACCUCGCAGGGUCCAUGCUCGUGAACUGGAUCAACUAUGGUCUGUCCUUCAAGGGAGGGUCGGUCGCCUGGCGAUUUCCGAUUGCCUUCCAGUUUGUCUUCAUCCUCGCGCUCUUCGCCACGGUUCCUUGGUUACCUGAGUCCCCGAGAUGGCUCAUGCAGCACGGCCACGAAGCCGAAGCCAUGCAAGUGCUGGCCGCCAUAGAAGCGAAGCCCAUCGACGACCCCUACAUCGCCACUCAGCGGUCCGAGAUUGAAUACAGCAUCCACUACGAGCGCGAGAACGCCAUCCGCUGGCGAGACCUGUUCCGCAGCCGCCACAGCUCCAACGAUACCAAGACCCUGCGUCGCCUGCUUCUGGGUGCGGGCUCCCAAUUCAUGCAGCAAUUCGAGGGCAUCAACAUCAUGUCCUACUAUAUGCCCACGGUCCUGAUGGAGUCGGUCGGUCUCUCGAACCGUUCCGCGCGUCUUCUUGCCGCCUGUAGCUCGGUGUCGUACUUUGUAUUCACGGCCAUGGCCGUUCCGCUGGUUGAGAAAUGGGGGCGGCGGGGGCUGAUGCUGAGCUCGACGGCCGGACAGUUCAUGUGCUUCCUGAUCAUCACGAUCCUGCUGUCCUACGCCGACACUUUGGCUGAUGGAUCGAAGUAUGGAUCCGCCUCGAUCGCCUUCUUCUUUCUGUAUUAUAUUUUCUUUGGGAUGGGGAUGCUGGCGGUGCCGUGGCUCUACCCGACGGAAAUCAGUUCGCUGCCGAUGCGGACCAAGACUGCCGCCGUGGCCACGGCGACCAACUGGAUCACCAAUUUCAUUGUGGUCGAAAUCACCCCGAUCGGUAUCCAGAGCCUGGGAUGGCGUUUCUGGAUCGUCUGGACGGUCUUCAAUGCCGCCUUUCUACCCGUCAUCUAUCUUUUCUACCCGGAGACCGCAAACCGUACUCUCGAGGACCUCGAUGCCUACUACCGCUCCAACCCGUCACUCAUCGUGAUCAACGACCCCGAUGCGAUCAGUGUCAAAAGACCGCAGAAGUAUAUUGACCAUGAGGCAGAGCUUAUCCAAAAGACCGCAGGGAAAGUGGAUGAUGUACGGAAGUCGGACUUCGAGAUGGUAGAGCAUAUAGAGUGAGGUCUAGGGUAUGUUGGCCUUCGCAAGAUAUUGUGAUGUCGCCAGCCUGUAACGAUGUAUGG